AUGAAUGAAUUGGAUGAUAAUGUCUUAUAAGAAAAUUCAAUCAGUAUUCCAUAAACGAUUACAACAAAACUAUUUCAACAAAAACACUCAAUUCAAAAAUAGAUGUAUAAAAUCAAGACACCUUCGAAUUGUUAGAAAUUAUUAUUAAGACCGAAUGGAAAUAUGUAAAAAAUAAUUAUUAAAAAAACAAUAGUAUUAUUGUAAGUGUUAUAAAAGGAGAUUUCACUAUCCUUUAAGAUUGUAAACUUUUUAUAAAUUGCAAAAACUAUAUUUCAAUUCCAAGAGACUUUCCAGAAGAUGAUCAAACUACUUAUAAAGGAGGUCUUGAUGGUAAUCAUUUUUUACCUUAUGGAUAUGGUACUUUUGAAAAUCAAAGUGGAAUAUUUAAGGGGAAUUUUAAAGAUGGAUUCGCUUUUGGUUCUUGUGUUUUUGAAUUGAAAUAAAAGAAUUAUCGAUAAGAAUGUGUAUAUCAAUGGGGUUAAAAGCAUGGUUAAUGUACAGAGAUUAAUGAAUAAUUUAAAUCCAUUGGAUUAUAUGAGAAUAAUCUAAAACAUGGAAUAUUCGUUAUAAAAGAUCUUAAUACUUAAAAUAGAUCUGAAUAAGAAAGAAAAGAAUUUUAUAGAAAUGGAAUAAUGAGAAAUAUAGGAGAAACUAAAAACAAUUAAUACAGACUAUAAUAAUAAACUACACGAUAUUUAUUAUACCAUAAAGAUUAUUCUAUUACUAAUUUCUCUUUUAAAGGAUUUAAUUAUGGAGAAUGGCUUAAUUAAUUAGGAUUAGAUUACUAUCUUUAGUUAGUUGAUGAUUAUUAUAAAGUUACUCAUAAUAAAUUAGUUUGUCUCAUCAACACUGUUGAAUGCUAAGAUAUAUUUACAAGUUUAAUCACCUCAAAAGAUUAUAAAGCUUCUAUUUUACCAAAACUUUUAGAAGUUAAUGUUCUUCUAUCUGAAAUUAAAAAACUAAUAUUUGUGAUGAAUGUAGAUAGAGGACAUUUCUUAUUAUUGGUUUAUUAAAAUUCAUUUCUAUACAUUUUAAAUUCUAUCAGAAAUAAAUAAGAUGAUAUUAUAUUAGAUAGAGUAGCUAAAAUCUUUCCUUAAUUUUAAAAUCAAUCUUAAAAUAACAAAAAGCUGAGUAUACCCAUACCUUAACAAAAUAAUGGUUUUGAUUGUGGGAUUCAUACAAUCUUUAAUACAUUACUAUAAUACAAAUAUAUUGAUAAAGAUGUUAAUUAAAUAGAUUAUACAACAAAUAACAAAAUUAUGGAAUAGUUAAGAAAACAUGUAAAAAAUGUUCUUUUAGAUGAUUAUGCCCAUAUAAUUCCAUAAUUUUCAAAUAACAAAAGUAAUCAUAGAUAUUGA